CUUGACGUCUUCUACCUCCGCUCCCCGGACCUCGGGUCAGACCUAGAAGAAAGACCUAAGGGUGUUAAUGAGGCGUACCAAGCCGACCUCUGACAUUCGGCUUCGGACGUCCAACGGGUCCACGAUACAAACAAGACGCGCAACUGGAUUCUAUCUGACGUUUGUCAAGGAAACUACAACCCUGUGGCACGGCUCCCCGAAACACUACUCCAGCCCACGGUCCGAAAACUCAAUAUUGCCUUCUGCCCGUGCGGUCACCUGGCUGGGAGGGUCAUAACCAGCACAGCGCGGCAGAUGGAAAGCGGCGCUGGG